ACUUGGAAAAAUAGAAAAUAUCUUAGAAAAGUUUAUUAACUAGUUUUUACCACCGUGGGUACUGCGAAUAUUUGAAGAUUACAUGAAAACCUUUUGUGUUAGCUUAACUUGAUAUGGGCGCCGGCGCACAUGUACUCUACAUUUAUACUUUAACGAGUGAACUGCACUGUGCAUGUAUAUAGAAAUAUAUUGUAUCCUAUGCGUGCUGCACGUAUGCUCAAGCACAAUAUCUUCAUUUUGAUGAAUUUGUAAAAUUUUUGUAACAAAAAACCACGCAAUUUGUUUGUAAAGAUGUAAAAAAGUAAUCUCGAUACACGCCUUCUAUUCACGCAAAGAGUGUACUUUUUUUACAAAGUCUGGACAAGAUUUUUUUCAAAUUUUUCGUAUCGUUACACAUAAAACUUGGAUGAAAUGCUACGUAGAAAUAUAAUCAAUAUCAGCCGACUCUGCGCAGUUUUCGUCGAACUGAACAUGUGAAGAUGAGCAAUCGAAACAUUAUCGAGUGUUCUUGAAGAAGAAAAUGCCGGGAGAAGCUGAUCAGCAGCAACUCUGCAGUAACUCCCUUACUGGACAAGAAAAAUCAGUCUCUCGAAUGCAAAAAAUUAACUCAAACAAUAAUAAUAAUUACGAUUCAACAUCAACGUUAAGUGAUACAAAGGUUGCGAAAACGCAAGAAAACCAAUUCAAGCUUAUAAUGCAGCAGCAACAACGUCCGCAGGCAAGCUAUGUCGAGGGCGAGAUGUUAUUGGACGUUGAAGGGCACCUUCAAAUUGAUCAUUUUGCUGCAAGAAAUGUUGAUGAAAAUGUCGAGAAGAGAGAGCAAACACCGCAACCAAUUGAUUUUUCUUUCUUGAAGUCAUGUGCCAAGAGUUCUACAAGUUUUGGGAUUAAAACCAAUAGUGCAGAAGAGAAUGACUGUUCGAAUUUCUCAUCUCAAACUGAAGACUUUUUGACUGUCGGUGCUGAUUUUAUUCUGAGCUCAAGCAUGUGGACUUCGACGCAAUCACCAACAUCUAGUCAGCUCUCGCAGCUCAAUUCACCAGCACACAAUGAACUUGUAAGCAUGAUGAGUUUUUCAACUGGAGGAGAAUCAACGCCUGUCUCCAAUGCACAUGGCCAUAAAAGACUGAAUUCUAAAAUGGAUGUUAUCUAUAAUUUGUUGAGUAUGCUGGGUAGCACAGAAGGGCGAGAAGAUAUGAGUGCAACCUUAUUAACUAUGAGUAAUUCAACUGAAAGUUGUAAUGUAAUGAGGCAAUCUGGUUGCUUACCGUUACUCAUACAACUGAUUCAUGCCCCAGGCCAGAAUCCAAAAACUAGAGAACAAGCUUGCAAAGCUCUAUUCAAUAUAGUUCAUGCUAAAGGUGAUGAACGAUCAAAUAAGCGAGAAGCUCGAGUUCUUCGACUUCUAGAACAAUUGAGAGAUUAUUGUCAAACUGUAAGGAUCUCAUUAAGUUCUGUGCCUUCUUCUAUGAGUGAGCUUGAACAUCCAUCAACUACUAUUGCUGCAUUGAUGAAGCUAUCGUUUGAUGAAGCUCAUCGUUUUGCUAUGUGUCAACUUGGUGGAUUGCAUGCAGUAGCUGAACUUGUUGAGACAGAUCAUGAUGCUCAUGGUACAAAUAGUGAUGAUCAGAACUGUAUUACAUUGAGACGUUACUCAGGCAUGGCUUUGACAAAUUUAACAUUUGGUGACAGCAAUAACAAAGCCCUUUUAUGUUCUUUUCAACAAUUUAUGAAAGCAUUGGUAUCACAACUUAAAAGUCCAAGUGAUGAUUUAAGGCAAGUGACAGCAAGUGUUUUACGCAACCUUUCUUGGAGAGCUGACAGCAGUAGUAAGCAAGUACUGAGAGAAGUUGGAGCUGUUGUAGGAUUAAUGAAAGCUGCAAUGGAAGCUCGGAAAGAAGCUACCUUGAAAUCAAUUUUAUCAGCAUUAUGGAAUUUAUCGGCUCAUUGUACUACAAAUAAAAUUGAUAUAUGUGCUGUUGACGGUGCUUUGGCGUUUCUUGUAGACAUGUUGAGCUACAAUGCUCCUUCUAAAAAUUUGACCAUUGUUGAAAAUGCUGGUGGUAUAUUACGAAAUGUAUCAAGUCACAUAGCCAUACGAAAUGAUUACAGAGCAAUUGUUAGAGAAAGAGGUUGUCUUCAAGUGCUAUUGAGACAACUUCGAUCACAAAGUUUAACUGUUGUUAGCAAUGCUUGCGGUACGCUUUGGAAUCUAUCUGCUCGUAAUCCUCAAGACCAACUUCUCUUAUGGGAUCUUGGAGCAGUGCCUAUGUUACGAAAUCUUAUUCAUUCUAAGCAUAAAAUGAUUUCAAUGGGAUCAAGUGCUGCUUUGAAAAAUUUGUUGAGUGCAUCCCCAAAUGGGAAUAAUUUUUUGCGAAUGGAUUCUACUGUUCGUGGUUUGGGUCUACAAACUCUUCCAACUCUUGUGGCAAGAAGACAAAAAGCUUUAGCUCAAGAAAUCGAUCAAAAUCUAUCAGAAACUUAUGACAACAUAGAGCCAAGCAGUUCACCUGUUCACAAGGAAGAAAAUGCACCUCUACAAAUUGAUGAAAGUUUUUUACAGGAUCAAAAGAAGAAUGAAUUACAAAGUUUUGCUCAUGAUCAACAAAGUUCUCUUGGAUUACAAAUUUUGAAUAAUUUUCCAAGUGAGAAUCAGGAACUAAUGCGAUCCGUUUCAAGCACACAAUCUGAUACUGUUUCUGAAAAAGUUAAUCGCCAAACAAAUGAUGGAGCAACUUUCUUAGAUUUGAAUUCUAAUCGACAAUCAACUUCAAUGUUCUCUUGUGCCAAUUCUGAUUCUUCUACAUCCACUAUUGGGCGUUCAAUAAACCGAUCUGAAAAAAAAUAUACUUUGCGAUACAUGAAUGUAAUGCCAGAGCGUAUGAAACCCGGAGAGCCCUUACCGGAUUUACGAAAUAUCACACGAGAUUCUUCAGCCAUAUUAUGGACUCCUGCAUUUAAUCAAGGUGCAAAUAGUACAUCAAAUUUACCAAACAACCGUAGUAAAGACAAUGCAAGCAUGCUGGCAACUACUUGCGAAUCUCCUAGCUUGAAGAAAAAUAAAAAAUCAGAAUCAGUUUCUCGAAUUCCCAGCGCAUCGAAAAAUAAGUCAAUACCAAUUAAUCUUUCACUAAAAACUUAUCAGAGAGGAUUUACUGGAAAUUCCAAUUACAAUUUCAAACAUCACAACCGGAUCUCCGAUGAAGAUGAAUUAAAUUCAGGUUAUUCUGUCAAAAAAGAGCAAAGACAAGAUACAAGCAGAGUGCAAACUGUGCAAAAUGUAGAAGUUGCUAAACCACGUGGUAUUCCUGUUAUCAAAAGUACCUAUAAACAAAAUUCUACUCGCAACGCAAAACAUGAUGUCAAUGCAUUUGCUUCAGCAGUAUAUGAUAAUAACUUAUUGGUAGAAAAUAAGUUAGAAACGCCCAAUUGUUCAAAAGGAGAUGGCAAUUUAGAUCUAUUGGGUAUUAAAACUCAUCCUAAAUCUUCAAAUGAACAUGAUGACCACCAAUCACAUAAAACGAGGUCAUCAAAAAAUAAAAAUUACGAAGUCGACUCUUGUUUAGAAAGUAAUCUUGUCAGGUAUAAAACCAAUGCAAGCUUAAAUGACAUUGAAGUUAAUUUUGAUUCUAAUGAUGUUGCUCCAACUAAAGAUUCUAAACCUCAUUUCGCUUAUAAUCAAGAACAAACAAAUGGAGACAAAAACAAAUGUAAUGAUUGCUGCUUUAGUGAUGAAACGUAUACUUUGCAAGAAAAUACUUCUGAAGGAGUAAAAAAUACCUCUCACUUGAACACUGCUGAAAGUGGUACUUUUAACCCCUGGAAAUCUUGUAACAAGGAUAAAACCAUGCUCAAUUUACGAGAACAUGAAAUAACAAACAAGUUUGAGGAUAAAUAUCGUCGCGAGCAUGAUCCGGAAGCAAUGAUCGCAUCACUCGAUCGACUUACAGCAACGCUGGUAAAACAAAGCGAAGCAAUGCGCUUUGACCGGGAAACAAAUAACGGGAUGAAAUCGAGCAUUUUGAGCACUGAUACGUGGAACGAGGAUUCCCCCAGUGACGCAUCUUUUCCCAGCUUGAGCGUGAGUGCACCUUUGGUAGCUUCCUUCCGCAGUGACGAUUUUAGCGCAUCGGAAGCAGGUAUGCAUACGAGUGACUCUAAAACUGAGCAAAAAUCUCCCAAAAGAUCCGAGGCUAUGAUUGCCGGUAAAGAGAGUGUAUCCCUAAACCAAAUUGAUGAUAUCAAGCCGCCCUCAGUUAUGGAUAGCUUAUUAUCUCUCACGGCAAGCUAUGGACCAUCUUCGGAUAUCGAUAACAUUGAUAAAAACCGAAUUACGCAGCUGCCGCAAUUCAACAGGAAAAAGUCUCUACCAAUAGGAGUAGUAGCUCAUCGCGCAAUGUGUAACGCACAAAACCGUGCCAACAGCUUGGAAAAUUUUUCAAGUGAAUGCAAAAACGGAUCACAAUUAGAAAAUAUCAAACCUCCUUCGCUCAUGGACGAGAUUUUGGAUAUUAAUGAAUUGGAAAAUAGUCUAGUCAACGUUGCCAGCAUUACUUCUGAUAUUGCAGAUAUCUCAAACGCGAGCUUUGCUGGCCCCGUAAAUUUUGAUCUUUCCAAACCUUUCAGCAAUACAUCGAUGGCAAAAUAUUCAUAUACAAACCAAAUGGGAAGCAACAACAGUUUGACGGAGUGUUUGGACCGCAUAAAUCCACCCUCACUAAUGAAUGAAAUUACGCGUAUAGAAGAUAUGACUAUUGAGGAUGAUACAAAUAGUCGUCAAGAUACGCUUUGCUUCGACAGUGAGUUCAAUACUGACGACGUGACCCAGUGUGCAAUCGACGAACACGUUGAUGACUGUGCUACAGACUCGUCAGAAAUCGAUGGCGGCGCUUUCUCUGGUGAAUUUGGCGAUUCUCAAGGAUCAACUGUCUCUCAACAAACACAUCAACCAGAUUCAGGAAAACAACUUACUCCAAAGCAAAAGCGUCAUUUGAUUAAAGAACGUUAUAAAACUUAUACCAUAGGAGAUGAAAUAACGAAAACAGAAAGCACUAACGAUUCUUUGGAUUCAACAGAAAUUGAAAUUAAGCCUGCCAAUACCAAUGGAAAGCUUUCUCCUUUUUCAAAACUCACACCAAAACAACGCCGUAAGGAAGAUAGAUCCAGAUUUGAAACAAAAGUUUUAAGUAACGCCUGUACCGAACUAAUCGAGACAUCCAACGUUGAAGAAACUAAAGAACAAGUGUCUCAACAAAAGCUUAUCAAAUCGAGAAUAGGCAUUCCAAUGUAUAGGAGAUUAGAUAAAGUUCGUAAUCAAACAGUUGCUUAUGACGUCGAUAAUGAACGAGUCUCAGAAGCUGACGAUACGAAACUCCAAAACUGCCAAUAUGAAAGCGAUGACUCGUCUUCAUCUAUGGAAAAUCAAGUGGAAGUUGAAAAUGCAUCUAGGAAACCUCGUAUUGUAAAACCGAGUCCGACGCGGCCCUCGUUGAUUACAGAACAAGUUGACGAGGCUGAGGCGAAGGGCAUUCGUGGUCGUCGCAAACCCUUGUAUUCAAGUCAACGUAAGUCAACGGUUCAACAAUGCACUUUUCAACAGCUGCAAAGUCCGUCAAGUCCACACCAUGGAGUUGUUCGAAGCAGUAGUUCGCCACUCGUGCGGCCAACUCGCACUCUUCAACUUCGUCAGCACAACAGCAUUGAAAAAUCUCAGAGUGCGUCCAAAAUCGGACAACCGGUUAAGAAAAUUAAUAAUCAACCGCGAACCCCGUCUACUCCUACAAGGCAGCAAUCUUCCAAAUUGCGUCCCCUAGAGCGUCAGGGCACUUUUACGAAAGAUGAACCUCAAAUGGAGAAUACGCCGACUAUCGUGCCCUGCUCGCCGCUACGAUUUAUUCCCACAGCAAUAACUAGACCAGGUAGCCUAGGCAAUUCCGGUCGAUCCUUCAGCCAAGUAUCGCCUCGCACGUCACCGUUUCACAGUGCCAAGUUGAAAAACACCGGAUUAAGAGAUACCCCUCAAAAAUCGUUGGGCGCUAUAACAAGCAGCAACAGCACACCGUCUACGCCUACGGGUAUUCCGUCUAUUGUUAAACGUUCGUCGAGCAACCUCAGUGCUAAAUCUACUUUAAAGUAUUCGACGGCUGGUCAGCCCACGUCUUUACAAAAUACUGCUUUGCGCAAUCAAACGGUUGGGUCUCGCUCAAGUAGUAGUAUCAGCAUAGCUUCGGAUUCUGUGACUCGCAAUAAAGCAAGUGUAAAAGAAACUACUAGUAAAAUAGCCAGCCUCUGGAAAAAAGUAGAACAAAAUAGGAACAAGCAACAACAAAAUAAACCAGACACACGUCAAUGGAUUACUGGAAAUAAAGGAGCGACCCAUUAUGGAGAUACAAUGGAAAAAUCUAAUGAUGCACAUAAAAAGCUUCCAUAUUCGAGUACGACCAAGGUCACAAGUGUUUAAAUUUUCUGAUUAAUUCUCUUCAAAAUGAUUUCGAUUUGCCAUAUAACUGAUUGAAAUAGUUGAACGCUCUCUAAUGGAAUCAUUUCAAUGAGAAGAAAAACGCUUUAUUUUUCGUCUGAAACGGUAAAAAUUGGUUUUAUUCAGAAUAACUUUUAGUAAGUCCACCGUAUUAGAUAUAGUAUUACUCAAAAAAUGUUCAUAGGCCUAAUUAUUUUGCUAUCGGUUUUCUGUUUUUAUUUACCCAUGUUUCAUGAGUAAUUUACUUUCAAAUGUAUUUAUUAUUCUUAUAAUGUAAGAUCAAGUAAAAAGACUUCGAAUUUUUAUAAUUCUAUAAUUCUACAAUACGUAUUAGGAUUUGUGAAUUAAGAGGAAAAUGAAGUUGUUAUAGUAGGAUCUACUCUUUACAUUUAUCAGCUCAAUUUUUUUUUACUUCUGAAUACCUGCGCAUCAUUUUACAAAAUAAAAACUUACUUAAAAAUCCAUUCGAUUUUUUAGACAUACACAAUUAGGGGAUACAUAUUUAUCUUUUUCAUAAAAAUCUCUCUUCAAAUUAAUAAGAUAAAUAUGUUGAGUUUACUUUCUAUACUCUAUAAGAAUCUUAAAAAUGUGCUGUUCUACAGAGUGGUUAAAAGUGAAAUCAAAGAAAAAUAUAAUUAUUCUUUGUGAUUUUCAUUUCCAUUUCAAAAAUUUCUAUAAAUGUUCUCACUUAUAUUUGUUGUAACUUUUUUGUUAUUAAAAAUUCACUUUUUUCUUAUUCCUUUCUGAUCUAUUUUAAUAAUUAUGAAAUAAUACAUUGAUGUCCAACUUUUCCACGUUAUAAAAUUAAAUUGAUAAAUAAGUGACGCCCUGAAAGUGUAUAUAAUCCCAUUGUCUCGGACCGUCCCUACGCGAUACAUAGGAACCUCGGUGGUCUGCUGGUAUAAUAUAUAUAAUAUUUUCAAGUUUUAAUCAACUUGAGAAUAACUUGAGAUCUACGUCUCUAUGAAAAACGUGUUUUCCUAUGGUAUUAAUUAUUUUUUUAAGUACGAAUUGUAGUUUUUGUUACAAUAUUAUUUUUAUGUAAAUAGUUCAUCAUUUAUUGAGUAACAUGUUACUAUUUCAUUAUACUGGACUGUUUGGUUUACCAAUAAUUUUUUCGAAAAAUAAAUGGAUUAUUUUAUUCAUUAUACAUCAUUUGUUACAUAACUAUGAUAAUAGCAGAAAUUGUUACAUUGAGAAGCUCUAUUAUUACUCAUUAUUUAUAAAGUAUUUAUUCAAUAUGAAUAUCUAAAAUUCAAAUGCUUCUUGAUCUCUGAUUGCAUAAACUUUUAACAGGUUUCACGCUUUAUUGUAAAGGUAAUAAAGUUGUUAAAAAUACUAAUGCACACUUUUUAUAUGAUUAACAUUCUCUAUGCAUUUGACAAUAUUACAUAAAUGUGGCUCCAUUUAUUUUUGGAUUAGUUUAUUCAUGUCAUGAUUAUACGUCUGAAAAAUAGCUAUAUAAAAAAAUUGUCUUUGAUUGGCUUUUAGAUAAGAAACAAAAUAACCAAAAAUUUUAUAUUAAGAUAGAAUAUAGAUAGUGAAUAGUUAAGUAAAAUUAUACUAUUAAGAGUGAGUAAAAUAUUGAUUAAAUUAUUUAAUCAAGAUGUUUGCUUAAUACAUUAAAAACAAAAACUAAUAGUUUAUGUUAUCAAAAAAAUGUAUAUAAAUUCAAGGUGAAAGAUACAAAUGGAAGGAUUGUAAAAUUUGUAGAAAUGCAAUUGCAUAUCAAUUUUGCAGUCAGCAUAUGAUAACAACAUAUAUUUUGAAUUUUUCAAAUAUAUCAAUAGAAUAUAUGGUUCAAGAUAGUAUUUAUUUCAUAUCUUUUAAGUGUAUGUAAUUUACGCCUCUGGAAUUCACUACCUUGUUUCUUUAUUUUUUAUAUUUAAAGAUUAAUGUAUGUAUUUGAAAAAGUUUCCGUUCUGAAUUCUUGGAGCUUACGAUUUUUUAUAUGUUGUAGCAUUGACAUGACAUUGUAAAACACAAACGUCAUUUAGAAAGAACAUUUUAUGGUGAUUCUGUUUUUAUAAUUUGUAAUUCUUAAUUUUGUGAUUAAAUGCCCAAAGCUUAAUUGUAUACUUCUGAAUAUAUUUUGAUUUCUAGUCUAAUAUAAGUGUAUAAAAAUUACAUUUGAUUGAAAUAUUGAGUUAAUUAUAUAAGUUUAAUUAUACUCUUUACUUAUAAUUAUUUAACUUGAGGUGGGAUAAGUACUUCAUGCUAGUAUAUUAUUAUUAUUCUUGAUAUGUGUUUAUUCUAUUCAAAUUAAUAAAUCCAAUAAAACGAGUUAUUAUAGCUUUGCAGAAAGUGUAUUUUUCAAACUGCUAGUAAAUUUGGUCUGAGUAAUUGCUUAAAUUCUAUUUACACUCACUAUUGGUAAUGAUUAUGUAUUGUAAACCUAGUUUUUAUGAAAGUUUUGUAAGUCUGCUUAAAGGUUGAGUCAAAUAUAUUCAUAGUUAAUAACA